AUGGUUAAAUCAAAUGUAUAUCUCGUUACUGGCGGUGCCGGAUUUAUUGGUAGUCAUCUUAUUGAUCGUCUACUUGAACUUAGUCUCGGUAAUGUUAUACUAUUAGAUAAUUUUAAUGAUUAUUAUUCACCAUUGAUCAAACAACGAAAUGUUUCACUACUUGAAUCUCGUCAUCGAGAUCGACUAUUUGAUGGAAGUUUUAUUAUUAUUCGUGGUGAUAUCAAUGAUCUAGAAUUAUUAAAAAUAAUAUUCAAUAAAUAUAAUAUUACACAUAUCGCUCAUCUUGCUGCACUCGCCGGUGUUCGUUCUUCAACAUCUCAAACUGGAAAAUAUAUGGAAAUAAACUAUAAUGGUACACAAAAUCUAUUAGAGUUGGCUGCUUCUUAUAAGAUAACACAAUUUGUCUUUGCUUCAACAUCAAGUGUAUAUGGACAAACAGAUAUAUUACCGUUCAUUGAAACAGAUUCGUGCUCAAAACCAUUAUCACCAUAUGCAGCGACGAAACGUGCUGCUGAAAUGUUAGCAUAUGUUUAUAAUAAUAUGCAUGGAUUAAAUAUAACCAUUCUACGAUUAUUUAAUGUAUAUGGACCACGUGGACGACCUGAUAUGAUGCCAAUGAAAUUAAUGCAAGCUUCAGUUGAUAGAACAUAUACUAUUGAUGUAUUUGAUAAUGGUGAAAUUAAACGUGAUUGGACUUAUGUUGAUGAUGUUAUUGAUGGAUUUAUUAGUGCACUUAAACAACCACUUGGUUAUGAAAUAAUCAAUAUUGGAUGUGGAAAUCCAAUAAAAUUAUCCACAUUUAUUGAACAUAUUGAAAAUCUUUCUGGUGAAGAUAUAUCAAAAAGACCCAUGAAAUCACAUAAAACAGAACCAUCAAUAACAUAUUGUGAUAAUUCAAAAGCACGAAAACUACUUAAUUUUUCACCAAAAACAAGUGUACGAGAAGGAUUAGAAAAGACAUGGAAUUGGUUUCAAGAAGAAUAUGCUGUUGUUGUUUCUAGUGAUGAUUCAGACUGA